AUGGGAAGACAGCCAAGCAAGCCGAAGAAAAAGAUGAUCACCCGCCCUUAUUUCUUCAAGGUCUUGAUCGGUGACUUCUCCACCAAACUCAGGGUGCCGCCGGCAUUUGUGAAGAACUUCAAAGAGACUCUCCCCACCAAAGUUCUCUUGAAAUCCGACUACGUGGGACAACUGUCAUGGUAUGUGAAGAUGAAGAAGACCAAGAGUGGAUGUUACUUCACGGAUGGAUGGCCGAAGAUUGUGAGAGAUUUGGAACUGAAACUGGGAGAUUUCUUGGUUUUCAGGCUCGUGAACGAGGGAACACUCAAAGCCGUCGUGUUCGACCGGACUUGCUGCGAGAAAAAGAUCCAUAUUAGAUCAAAGCGGGACGGAGGAGACGAUCACAAAGGAAAUGUUAUGGAAGGAGAAGAUAUUAAAAGAAGACAUGCGGAUUCCCCCGAGGAAGAUGGGAAAGGGGCCGCUGCUGGCGCUCCGGCUAGUCCUUCAUCUUCAUCUAAGAAGGCUCCACCCCGUCUUGAGAAGCCCCUCGUUAAGCAUGAGAUGCGUUGCCUCAGUAUACCGACGAGAGUUGCAAAUGAGGCGAGGCAAUGGACAAGGGAGAGUGCGGUGAUCAGAGGCUCCAAUGGCCGGAAAUGGCGCGUAGUGAUAAAAUUAAGAACCAAGGGUUACCGUCGACUCGACUUUUCAACGGGGUGGUCCAGUUUCAUCAGGGACAAUGGACUCUCCCCUGGAGACACUCUUCGUCUCGACUUUAAGGGAGGAAGGGAUAACCUGAUUGAGGCCGAAGUGCUUUAG